GCUUGCUGAGCAUCUAUCUGUAGGUGGUCUCUAGGUCUGUGACUGUGGAAAUAGCCAGGUGGCUGAGUGUCUAGCGGGCAGCAGCAGUGGACAGCAAGCACAGUGCAGCAACCUCCUAAGCAGAGAUCUGAGAAGUAAGACAAGCCCAGGAGAGCAAAGGGCUCUCAUGAGCCUUGUUUCCGGGGUUCUUGCUGGAGUUUUAGUGAAAACUAUUAUUUGGCAGCAGGUACAAAAUUGGAAAUGUUGACUUCCCCAGAGCUGAAGGGGCUCGUCCCAUUUACAGCAGAGUCACUUGAGCUUAUAGAAAAUCACAUUGCUAAAAAAUGCAAUGAAGAGCACGGAGAAGAAGAUUUAAAACCAAGCCGUGACUUAGAAGCUGGCAAAAACCUUCCAUUUACCUAUGGAAACCUUCCUCAGGGAACCGUGUCAGAGCCCUUGGAAGAUGUGGAUCCGUACUACUAUGUUAAGAGAAAUACUUUUAUGGUCUUAAACAGAAACAGAGUCAUCUUCAGGUUCAAUGCGGUUUCCAUCUUCUGCACAUUGUCUCCUUUAAGCUCCCUCAGAAGAGCGGCUAUCAAGGUUUUGGUGCAUCCCCUUUUUCGCUUGCUGAUUUUAAUUAGUGUCCUCAGUGACAGCAUAUUGAUGUGCCUGAGUAAUCCACCAGAAUGGAUAUCGACAAUAGAGAAUACUUUGCUUGGGAUUUACACAUUUGAAAUACUUGUAAAAGUCAUUGCCAGAGGUAUCUGGGCAGGGUCGUUUUCCUUCCUUGGGGAUCUUUGGAACUGUCUUGAUUUCAGUGUAACUUUGUAUGAGCUUACCACAAAGUUUUCACCUCUAAGCUCCUUUCUAAUGCUUAAGAUUAUAAGAACCUUGAGAAUUUUGAAGAUUAUCCCUUUGAAUCAUGGCCUGCAGUCUAUUGUGGUGACACUGGCCCAGUGUUUGAAGAAACUAUUUGGUGCCAUUGCCCUAGCAUUGUUUUCUCUGACUGUAUUUUCACUACUCGGAAUGGGUCUCUUCAUGGGCAACCUGAAGCACAAAUGUCUGCGGUGGCCUCAAGAAAAUGGAAAUGAAACACUGCACAACAGAACUGGAAACCAGUACUAUAUUCCAGAAAGAGAAAACUUCUACUAUAUGGAAGGAGCAAGAUAUGCUCUCCUCUGUGGCAACAGGACAGAUGCUGGCCAAUGUCCAGAAGGCUAUGUGUGUGUAAAAGAGGGUGCAAAUCCUGACAAAGGCUUCACGAGUUUUGACAAUUUUGGCUGGGCUCUACUUGCUAUGUUUCGGUUGAUGGCGCAGGAUUACCCUGAGUUACUUUAUCACCAGAUUCUUUAUGCUUCAGGAAAGGUCUACAUGAUAUUUUUUGUUAUGAUCAGUUUCUGGUUUGCCUUCUAUAUGGCAAGCUUGUUCCUGGGCAUAGUUACUAUGACCUAUGAAAAGGAAACGAAAAGAGCUUCUGAGGAAUCCAGAGACAUGGAUCCUAAAUACCAACAGACUGUGAAAGAACUUGAGGAAGAAAAGGACUCAGCCGAGAUGAAAACUACACAAAUAGAAAUGAAGAAAAGAUUGCCAACUUCUAUAAACACCACAUUGGAUAUACUGGAAGACACUGCCCUUGGACACAAAGAAGAACCAGAAACAUCCAGGAAGAAAUGUCCUAUGUGCUGGCAUAAGUUUAUUAAAACUUGCUUCAUCUGGAAAUGCUGUCCCUGUUGGACAAAACUGAAUGAGUUUGCUGAUAGAAUUAUAACACAUCCAUUGGCUGAUCUUUUUCUUGUCAUAUGCAUCAUUUUGAACUUAUGUUUCAUGGCCAUAGAGCAUUUUCCAAUGAGUGAGGAGUUCAUGUAUUUCCUUACAAUCGGAAACUUGGUUUUUAUUGGAAUUUACACAAUAGAAAUGAUUUUGAAGAUAAUCGCUAUGCACCCGUAUGGGUAUUUCCAAAGAAGCUGGAAUAUUUUUGACAGUAUAAUUGUGGUUUUGAGGUUAACAGAAAUUUUCCUAGCAAGUUUUGAAGUAAUAACUGUUUUUAUAUUAAUCCCAUUGAUAUUUAUAAAAUUAGGGAAAUAUGGACCAACAUUUAGGAAUUUGAUGCGCAUCUUCGGUAGUGCAUUGGUGGCCCUGAAAGACUUGGUCCUGUUGCUCUGCAUAUUCGUUUACUUCUCUGCCGUGUUUGGCAUGAGGCUGUUUGGUCGAAGUUACAGAGAUUGUGCCUGCCACAUAGAUCAAGACUGUCAGCGCCAACGCUGGCACAUGAGUGACUUCUUCCAUGCCUACAUGACCGUGUUCCGAAUCCUCUGUGGAGAGUGGAUAGAGACAUUAUGGGAGUGUAUGGAGGUUGCAGGCCAGGUCUGGUGUAUUCCUUUUUACAUGAUGGUCAUUUUAAUUGGAAAUUUAUUGAUACUUUACCUCUUUGUGGCAUUGGUGAGCUCUUUCGGUUCAUAUGAUGAUGAUACAAUGGAAGUGAGCAAAGAAGCCAAAAAUCUUCAGCUUGCUAUGGCCAGGAUAAAGAUGGGAAUAAACUCUGUGCUUCGUAAAAUAUUAUGCACAGAAAGAAGUGUUCCUACAGAAGCAACAGAUCAAAUAUGUGAUCCAAGUAUUAAAGAGAAUAUUUCUGGCCAUACUCUUUCUGAACUGAGCAACACCCAAACGUUCCUCAGAUAUAAAGACGAGAGCAAUGGCACUGAAAAAACUCCAGUGACUGAGUCUGAGAGCCAGUCACUGAUUGCUAGUCCCAGUGUCUCAGAAACUGUGCCAAUUGCUUCAGGAGAAUCUGAUAUAGAAAAUCUGGAUAACAAGGAAACUCGGAGCAAGUCUGGGAAUGGAGGCAGUAAAGAGAAAAUGAAGCAAUCUAGUUCAUCUGAGUGCAGCACAGUUGAUAUUGCUAUUUCUGAAGAAGAAGAAAUGGUCUAUGGACGUGAAAAGUCAAAGCUUCGUAAAAACGGUUAUGAACACAAAUCUUCAACUGGUCAAGUCAGUAGAGAAUCUAGGAAUGGAAAGAUUUGGAAGAACAUAAGGAAAACUUGCUGCAAGAUAGUGGAGAAUAGCUGGUUUGAGUGUUUCAUUGGCCUGGUCACUCUUCUCUGCACAGGCACUUUGGCUCUUGAAGACAUAUAUAUUGAUCAGAGAAAAACCAUUAAAAUCUUACUGGAAUAUGCAGACAUGAUAUUUGCAUACAUUUUCAUUCUGGAGAUGCUUCUCAAGUGGGUGGCUUAUGGCUUUAAAGCCUUCUUCUCUAACAACUGGUACAAGCUGGACUUCUUGGUCGUUAUCGUGUUUUGUCUUAGCUUAAUAGGCAAAACUCGAGAAGAUCUGAACCCUCUUAAUUCCAUAAAGUUCCUUCGAGCACUAAGAGUUCUGUCUCAGUUUGAAAGAAUGAAGGUGGUCCUGAGAGCUUUGAUAAAAACAACCUUACCCACUGUGAGCGUGUUACUGGUCUGCCUAAUGAUCUGGCUGCUUUUCAGUAUUACUGGAGUGUACUUAUUUGCUGGCAAGUUCUAUGAAUGCAUUGACCCAACAAGUGGAGAAAGAUUCUCUGUAUUUGAAGUUAUGAAUAAGAGUCAGUGUGAAAACCUGGUAUUUAAUGAAUCAAUGCCAUGGGAGAAUGCAAAACUGAACUUUGAUAAUGUUGGAAAUGGUUUUCUUUCUUUGUUGCAAGUGGCAACAUUUAAUGGUUGGAUCACUAUUAUGAAUUCAGCAAUUGAUUCUGUUGAUGUAAACAUGCAGCCUAGUUUUGAGCACAACCUCUACGUGUACACUUACUUUAUCAUCUUUGUUGUGCUUGGAUUAUUUCUCCCUCUGUGUAUGCUGAUUGGUGUUAUUAUUAGUAAUUUCAACAAGCAGAGAAUUAAGCAGGGAGGAUCAAAUAUCUUUAUAACAGUAAAACAGAGAAAACAGUACCGGGCACUGAAGAAGCUCUUGUAUGCAGACUCUCAGAAACCAGCACCACGCCCCAUAAACAAGUUUCAAGGCUUCAUUUUUGACCUAGUAACACAUCGCAUCUUUAAUGUUACCAUCAUACUUCUUAUCUGUUUCCAAGCAACAACCAUUAUGAUACAAAAUGAUGAGCAGAGACCACAAAUGGAAACUGCCAUCUUCUGGAUAAACUCCAUUUUUGUCAUGCUGUUCACACUGGAAUGCAUACUGAAGCUCACUGCUUUCCACUGCCACUACUUUACCAGUGCAUGGAAUGUUCAUGACUUUAUGGUGGUCAUUUUCUCAAUUACAGGACUGCUGCUACCUUUGACAAUAGGACCGUACUUUGUGCCUCCUUCACUUGUGCAGCUGAUACUUCUCUCUCGCAUCAUCCACAUCCUGCGUCCUGGGAAAGGUCCAAAGGUGUUUCAUGAUCUGAUGCUUCCCUUGAUGCUGUCACUCCCAGCAUUGCUGAACAUUAGUCUUCUCAUCUUCCUGGUCAUGUUCAUCUAUGCCAUCUUUGGAAUGUACAACUUUGCCUAUGUGAAGAAAGAAGCUGGAAUUAACGAUGUGUCCAACUUUGAGACCUUUGGAAGCAGUAUGCUCUGUCUCUUUCAAGUUACAACAUUUUCUGGUUGGGACGGGAUGCUGGAUGCAAUUUUCAACAGUCAGUGGUCCGACUGCGAUCCUGAUAAAAUUAAUCCAGGGACUCAGGUCAAAGGAGAUUGUGGGAGCCCUUCUGUUGGGAUUUUUUAUUUUGUCAGUUACAUCCUCAUAUCAUGGUUGAUCAUUGUUAAUAUGUAUAUUGCUUUCAUCAUGGAGUUCUUAAGUAUUCCUUCUAAGAAAAAAGCCAGGACCUUAAGCGAAGAUGACUUUAGGAGAUUCUUCCAGGUAUGGAACAGGUUUGACCCUGAUAGGACACAGUACAUAGACUCUAGCAAGCUUUCCGAUUUUGCAGCUGCUCUCGAUCCUCCUCUUUUCAUGGCAAAACCAAACAAGGGCCAGCUUGUGGCCAUGGAUCUCCCCAUGGCUGCAGGAGACAGAAUCCAUUGCCUUGACAUCUUACUUGCCUUUACGAAAAGAGUGAUGGGAAAAGAUGAGAGAGUGGAGAAAAUCCUUUCAGAAAUAGAAUCCGGGUUUAUGUUAGCAAACCCUUUCAAAAUCACAUAUGAGCCGAUUACAACUACUUUAAAACGCAAACAAGAGGCAGUUUCAGCAACCAUCAUCCAGCGGGCUUAUAAAAGUUACCGCUUAAGGCAAAAUGACAAGAAUAUAUCUGAUAUUCCUAUAAUAGAUGAUGGCAGAGAUGAUCUUACUUCUAAAAGUAUUCACUCUGGCAAAAUCGAGGAAAAGGCAUCUAUUCAGACCCAGAUCUAAUGGCACUUCCCGCUUCUAAUUUCUGUACUUAUUGCCCCAAACACUAACCGCUUAACUAAGCUGGAGGUCAGAGACUAGAGAUAAUGAUUCCGUCUGUGUGCCCACAUAUCUCCAUGACAAGCUUAGCUUUAUGUUCAGUCUUCUGACUCACCAGGAAAGACAGCAGCUCUCAGCAUUACGGCAAGUAGCUAAACUAGGUUACUGUUGUCAUUUUGGCUAUUUAAAAUGUUUCUACAUGGCUUGGGUAGUGUUGUCUCUCCUGGAAGAUGUGUAGGAGGAAAGGGGAAGAAUGAGAAAUACAGCUCAGCAGCUAAACAGUGUUCCUUAUAUAUCUUAUAUGUGAUUUUACAGACUGGGUCACCACCCAUUAAGCUUAGGUGCAAAUAAGAGAUACUUCCUUAAAGUGUGAUUGUGCUUCAGAAAUAGGGAAGCACCGUGUUAAAUCACAAACAUGCAUAAAUGAAUGUUGAGAUGUUGAGAACGGGUGCGAGAGGAAAAUGCAGGUCUUCAGAAAGUGCCUUUCAGUUCAUUCGUAAGCUAAAUUACAAGAUCUGUUCCUUUAAACAUUUAGCUCAGCCCCUUUUUUGCUUUUUGUCCCCCCAUCCACCUCUUUUUUUUCUUGCUUGCUUGAGCUUGCUUUGUUGUCUUUUGUUGCUGUUCUACAGUUUUGGAUAGUAGACACUGACUUUGUUUCACUGCUCCUGGCUCCUCAUGAGCAGACAAGUUCUACAUGAGCUCCAGCAACAGCUGAGAUUUAUAGAGCAAGAAGCAUAGAAGAAACCACACUUAAUAAUAAGUUCAUUUUUCUGUAUUUGAUUCACAUUUACACCUUUUUAAAAGUACACAUUUACUAAAAGGAUACAAUAGAGAUAAACGAUAAGGGACUAAAACUUUACCUUAUUCUAAAAACUGGUGUAUUUUUUAACCACUUACCCAUAGCAGGUGCAUGCUAUCAUAUAAAUUAGAAGGGUCAAGGACAACCAGCAUGUUUAGGGAUUUUCAGUGCCCAGACCCUUAUUUAGGAAACUGGUCAUUUAAAGUUCUUUCCAUUGCACUUUGUAUUUCUUGUAACUUAAAGAAGAAAGAGAUCCUUCAAAGAAUGGGGUUGUGAAUUAAGAGAUGACAAUUAAGUUGGCAUUUUAUAAUAUCAUUAUAUGCAAAUUAGUUCUAGUGCUCACUUAUCUUUUCCCUCAUUUCUUUUAUAUCUUAUCAUACAUAUAAGUACUCAUACAAAUGUUUUAUAUUUGAGAUUCUACAAAAUAACAGACAUUAGUUUUAACAACUGAUAUCAUUUUUGUUAAUAUAAGUAGUUGCUUUUGGUCUAUUCACAAACUUGUUUACUUCCAUCCAUGUAGUUUGAGAAUCUGACAGUUUCUCCGUUUGUAUAAAAAAAUGAUUUCACUGUGCCUAUGAAGUCCUCCAGAAUUUAAAAGAAAAAAUAUAUAUUAUAUUGACUUAGAUAAGAAGCUUUAAAUGGGUUUUAUGAUACUCAAUACCAUUAUAUCCCAGAGAUUGUAUUUUAUAACGAACACAUGGACUUGAGCCUUAACUCCUGUACUCUGCUUUCAAUCCUCGGAAUCUCUAUGACUUUGCCAACUUGCCUUGGAUGAUCGAUCACCCAAGUAACUAUAAUUUCAGAGUCAGUGGGUUUUGUGGUUUUUGUUUGGCCAGUUGUUUGGUUGAUUGGUUGAUUGUUUUUAUUAAAGUAUAUUUCUCUUUCACUGUUCACUAUUUGUCAUGUGAUGGAGACAAGAGAUGCAUGGGAGGUUUAACUGGUGACAUGAUGACAGCUUCUGUGUUACCUUGACGUUUCUGUCUUCCAAUUUCUGGGAAUGCCUUAAUGAGGAAAGAGAUACAGAUAGUAAGACUGAAUCAUAACUUGCUUCCAUAAAUCCCAUUAAGACAACACACUGAGUUUGAAACUCAUUUUGCUGUUACCUAUAAAGAAUGUCAAGCAAUAGCCAUCCAAAAAGUAGAAAGUUUCCUUUCUGAAUGACUGUUGCCAAAUGUCCUCCUUUUUAGAUCCCAUGGAAAAUAAUAAAUACAACCUGUUAAACACA